AUGGCGGAGACAGACCCCAAAACUGUACAGGACCUGACCGCUGUGGUUCAUACACUUCUCCAGCAGAUGCAGGACAAAUUUCAGACCAUGUCAGACCAGAUAAUUGGCCGAAUUGAUGAUAUGAGCAGUUGCAUUGAUGAUCUGGAGAAAAACAUCGCUGACCUUAUGACCCAAGCAGGGGUGGAAGAAAUAGAAGGGGAAAACAAAAUACCAACAACACGUAAUAGUUAAAGAUUUUGUUAAUCAUUUAGAGUGAACUCUUGAAAAUGUUUUUAACAAGCCAAGAGGUGAAGGAACCGAUUUUCUCAACUAACUACUGUGUGCAAACAUUUUUUUUUUAUUAUAAAGCUUGUAUUCCUAGAAUAUGCAGUUUAGUUAGGUUUCAAGGUGAUUUAUUUUUUGAUUUCUUGUAUGUGGUAGCUUCAACUAUAUGACAUAAAAUGUGUAAAUAUUAAUAAACUGAAAUUCUGACUACUCUUGCCUAAAAUUUUCAAAA